AUGUCCUCUGAACUCGAUACUAACGCUAACAUGCCAUUCCAUCGACCUGGAGAUGAACCUUUUCAACAUCCAGUUGGAAAUAUGCAUGCUCACGGCCUAGCGCAAUAUUCUCCUGAGGCUGCGGAAGCGUUUUCGUUCCCUUCCAAGCCUGAGUCAAAGCAUGAUGCGCUACCUCCCUUAUUCCAGACCCCACAAUCACCUUUAGCUUCCAUUUGCCCCCAGCGCUGGCCAGGCAUCGAUACAGAAAGCACCAACAUGCUUUUGAAAGUCUUGGAGGAUAAUCACUCUAGGUGGCAUAUAUUCUUCAAUUACAGGAGAUUCCAUAAGCGCGCUCUCCAUGCGGUUCAUCACCUUCUCGCAAUCUGGGCGAUGGGCGCAAGCGCCAAGAUCAUAUCUUCUGCAUAUGCAACUCACUGCAUUUAUCAGCGGCCUGCGUUUGAGUCACCAAGCCGUAUCACACACCGUAAUUUCAAUGAGCACCUUGGCGAUGAACGCUUUUAUUCAGCCUACUCGGACUUUUUUGCCUCUGAACUCGGGACGAAUGGGUUUGCUCGCACCUUCGGGCAAUAUGUACUUGCUCCUUCUGCGAAUUACCUGGAAGAACCACAUAAGGAGAAAGAUGGCCACCCGGAGAUGCUGGUACGCUUCAUUGGUGGAUUACUCCACCCUCUGAUCCAUACCGGCUAUGGCGCAGAGUUUGGUUUAUUGGGUGUGUCUGCGGAAGGUCUGGCUAUGACUGCUGUCCACCCCGCGAAGGUCCAUGCACUUCUUCCACCUUCAUACUUUAGUUCUCCUAUGAAGGCUGGAACCUUGCAUGCCCUCUCAAUUCUCGCACUUGUCGCUAAGGAUGAACGAUUUGAGCAUAUCAAAAAGUCGGACGAAGCAGACAUGCUCACCAUGAUCGUCUCAUCUCACAAUGAGGCACUUCGAGCGUUCGCUGAAAUGUGGGACUUCGAUGUAUCGAACAAGGAAGGCGUUGCCAAAGCUGUGGAGGAACUUGUUUGGCUUAACUCAAUAAUUUAUGGGGUAGGGGGCAUGACUGGGAAGAGGGAUACUAAAAAAGUGUUCAACGCUGACUUCUUCUUGAUGCACCUCGUCACCUCCACCCUUUUCCUCUCUUCUCUCGUAACUUCGCUCGAUCAAAAUUCUCGUGCCCAAACACUGCUCCUGCGUGCCUACUUCGCAGUGAGCCUGGCACACUACCUGGCGCGGGGACGUCCCGUCAUCGAUAUCGCCAAGUUUUACAGUGACACAUCAGGGCUUCUGCUCUCUAGUGGUCGGGACAUCAUCCCGGGUCCGCGGCCUUCACCUGACAAGCACACACUUCCCGACGAAAAAUCUCCUGAAGCGCGGACGCCAAAUCCAUGGCUGUCUGUAAUACAGACUACGCUCGUGCAUCCUAACGAACAUUUGUGCAAGAUACAGCGGGCACUUGCGCAUUAUGCGUCAUUGUACAGCUUGCGAGGACAGGGGUGGUUCGUCACUCGCGAACAAGCAAGCGUAGCCAUGGAUAACAGCAAACUCGAAGAUGCUGAGCACAGCCUAGGGCUUGGAGAGUUGGAUGGAACGCUGUUCCUUCGCGUGGCUAUGCUUACUGCGCACACGCUUGGUUGGAUGAGAGAGGGUGAGGAAAAGGCGGGGUGGGAUUCUGAAGGAUUUUAUGAAAAGUGA